AUGCAUGCAUGCAUUUCUGUACAUAUAGCUAACUAAUUAAUUUCCAAAAUGACCAGUUCUAAGGGCGGUAACGGUGGGAUGGGAGGCGGGGACUUCCUUGGAUUCUCAGUGCAUGUGAUCACUGGAAGAUGGUUCAGCGUUUUCGCUUCCUUCCUCAUUAUGGCCGGAGCUGGUGCUACAUAUCUCUACGGUACAUAUUCCAAAGAGAUCAAGGCCUCUCUUGGCUAUGACCAAGAAGACGUCAACUUGUUAGGUUUCGCCAAAGAUUUUGGUGCAAAUGUUGGAGUCCUGUCGGGACUAAUUGGAGAAGUAGCCCCCGUUUGGUUUGUGCUCCUGAUCGGCGCAGCCAUGAAUUUUGUGGGCUACUUUAUGAUUUGGCUGGCCGUCACUGGAAGAAUUGCCAAGCCUAAGGUUUGGCAGAUGUGUCUGUACAUAUGCCUUGGAGCUAACUCUCAAAAUUUCGCAAACACUGGAGCUCUUGUCACCUGUGUCAAGAACUUCCCAGAAAGCCGAGGUGUCAUGCUUGGUUUACUAAAGGGCUUCGUUGGGCUCAGUGGAGCUAUCUUGACACAGCUUUACUUAGCCAUCUACGGAAACGAUGCGAAAUCAUUGAUUCUACUUAUUGCGUGGCUCCCUGCCGCGAUUUCAGUAGUUUUUGUGUACACAAUUCGUCCAAUGAAAGUUAUUAGGCAACCGAACGAGCUCAAUGUGUUUUACCACUUCCUCUACAUGUCUGUUUUACUUGCGUUGUUCCUCAUGACCAUAAGUCUACUCCAAAGAUGGUUUAAUUUCUCCCACGCCGCCUAUGCUGGCAGUGCCACCGCGGCUGUUUUGUUGCUGUUUUUCCCUCUUGGAAUUGCCAUUAGAGAAGAGCUAGUGCUGUGGAAGCAAAUGAAACGACCUAUUGAUCCUCCUACUGAGGUUAGAGUAGAGAAAACACAAGAAAUUAAACAAGAGAAAAAAGAGGAAAAAGACGAUACAGCUUGUUUUGCUAACAUAUGCAAUAAACCUCCAAGAGGUGAAGACUACACCAUAUUUCAAGCACUCCUAAGUUUGGACAUGAUCAUUUUGUUCGUUGCAACGUUAUGCGGACUCGGCUCUAGCCUGACCGCGGUAGACAACUUGGGGCAAAUCGGUGAGUCGCUUGGAUAUCCAACUAAAACAGUGAAAACUUUUGUGUCAUUAGUUAGCAUCUGGAAUUACUUUGGCAGAGUCUUUUCAGGGUUUUUCUCCGAAAGCCUGCUAGUGAGAUACAAAAUUCCCCGUCCCUUAGUGAUGACAUUUUCUCUCCUCUUAUCAUGCGUUGGCCUCCUUCUCAUCGCCUUUCCCACCCCCGGUUCGCUCUACGUGGCAUCAAUAAUCAUCGGGUUUUCGUUUGGGGCUCAAUUGCCAUUGCUAUUCGCAAUCAUUUCCGAGCUCUUUGGACUCAAGCAUUUUUCUACUUUGUUCAAUUGUGGGCAAAUAGCGAGUCCUUUGGGUUCUUAUCUUCUAAAUGUGCAGCUCACCGGAAAGCUUUACGAUCAAGAGGCGAAGAAAGAGCUAGCGAAGAGAGGGUUGACUAGGUCACAAGUGAAGGAGCUGACUUGCCUUGGAAAACAUUGUUAUUGGUUGUCUUUUACAAUUUUAGCUGCGGUUACGUUCUUUGGUGCUCUUAGUACACUGGUUUUGGUGUAUAGGACAAGAGAUUUCUACAAAAGUGACAUAUAUAAGAAGUAUAGAGAGGAAGCAGAAACUAUUGGUGAAAACAAAAGCUAGCAUAGGAACUUGAAGGUUACGGAAGUGAAGGAUAUAUAUAGGACAUGUCUAAUUAUCUGUAGGUAUUGUAUAUCUUCCUAAUACGAGUUUGCUAGCAGUAGCAAAAUUUACUUUUGCUUCAUGCUAUAGCAAACUCCAAAUUGAUGCCAAAGGGCUUUUGAUUUUGUAUAUAUCUUUUCUGGUGUUAUGCUCUAUCUGUAUGUCUAUGAUAUAUUGUGAUAAGAUUUUCAUGUAUAGUCAUGGUUUUGUAUUUCUGUCCAUCAA